AUGCGCGUGCGCACAUCGGCGGAGGGGGGGGCGGAGCAACGCCAGAGUCGUGGUCGCGGCGGGUGACGCGGAACCCUGCACGCGGUUUCCGAAGAGAGCAUUGACCUUUCCUUCAUCAGGCCCAAGAUGCCUCUCUUUGGGAACACGUUCAGUCCCAAGAAGACGCCCCCUCGGAAGUCCGCGUCUCUCUCCAACCUGCAUAACCUGGAUCGGUCAACCCGGGAGGUGGAGCUGGGCCUCGACUACGGGACCCCCACUAUGAACCUGGCCGGGCAAAGCCUGAAGUUUGAAAACGGCCAGUGGAUAGCAGAGACGGGGAUCAGCGGCGGUGUGGACAGGAGGGAGGCCCAGCGCCUCCGCAGGCGGAACCAGCAGUUGGAGGAAGAGAACAAUCUCUUGCGGCUAAAGGUGGACAUCCUGCUGGACAUGCUGUCUGAGACCACCGCCGAGUCCCACCUCAUGGAGAAGGAGCUGGAGGAGCUGAAAAGCGUCAGCCGCAGGAGGAAAUGAAGCCCGUGAAGGCCUUCGUCAGGAGAAAAGGGAGAAGCCCACCGACCAGAGGAGUGGGAUGUGGCUAAGGGUCUUUUGUAGCCUAACUAGGGGAUUAGGUCCUGGGAGAGAGGGUCAUAUAAUAGGUCCA